AUGUAUUCAUCACCAACAACAAGAGGGUUGGAGGAGACUUUUGAGGAGAAUGUUGUUGAUCAUCAAUCCAAGGUGCUUUUGAGAUCACCUUUGAAUUCCGAUUGGUCGUCACAUACGGAACACAAACCCUACGUGCGACAAGAAACAACAACCCAUCAAUCUUCAAUCUCACAAAAUCAUUAUGAGAUGUCAACAACCUUGUCACCUGACAACACCACAACAGCAGAGGGUAGCAAGACUGGUUGUUGUUGUUUGGAUGAUCAUCACCUCCUGGACCACACAAACUCUACAAAUGAUGACACUUCAGCAGCGAGUAUUACCAUGAACAUGACGACGAGUGGUAGUAGUAGCUACUAUAGUAGUAGUAGUACUUCCAUGUCCAGUAGUAGAAGUAGUAGCUAUAGUGGUAGUAGUACUUCCAUGACCACUGACUGUUCUUCUUCCUCGAAUUAUUCGGAGGAGCUUUCUUCACACAGCAACACCAUUACUCUCAAAAAGAAAGUGAAAAAAGUGAUCGCCAUCAAGAGUCGACUUGACUUGUCAUCUCAGUUGAGUUGUUCCACUCCCUCACAAGUCCAUCCUCAUCCUCAUCAUCAUCAUCCUCAUCAUCAUCAUCCUCAUCAUCACUCAGAGGGUCACUCAGAGGGUCACUCAGAGGGUCACUCUCACAACAACCAUUUCAAACUACUACUCAUCGACAACACUACAAUAGAAUCAUCAUCUCUUUCAUCACUUCUUCCUUUCCACAAUUGUCCUUCUUCUUCUUUCACUCUCCAUUCUUCACAAGUGAACUCGACCACCAUUUCUUCUUCUUCUUUGAAUCAUCAUCAUUCGGAAAACAAUCCAAAGAUGGAUUCAUUCACUUUGUCUCCAAUCAAUAACAACAUGAAUGGUGUUGUGAAUGAACAAUCCACAAUGUCUCAAUUGGAGACAAAGAUGACGACAACUAUUAUGAAUGGUGAUGAUGAUGACGACAUGAAUUCUUCUUCUCAAGAAUAUUCUUCUUCUCAAAUGAAACCUUCAUGUGCCACCAAUAGAAACACUCCUACUACCACUUGCCAACAAGAAUUAUUGAACAAUGAUAGUACGAGUGGUGGUGUUGAUGGUGGUGUUGAUGGUGGUCAAAGUGGUGGUGUUUUCAUCAUUGAUGGCAAUGAUGGUGGUGGUACUACAAUAAGAGAGUCCAUCAGUUCAUCAUCAUCAAAGAAAAGAUCCAAUGCCAUUCUGAGAAAACCCAUUCACAACAACAACAACAACAAGACUCAUUCUACCAACAACAACAACAACAAUACCACGAAUAAUACCAACAACAACAAUAUAUUUCCUACUCAAAAACAACAACCACAAGAUUCAAUCAUUCAUGAAACACUUCUUUCUUUUUCUUCUUCACGUUCACAUUGGAUUCAGAAUGAUCAUCAAUCCUCAUUUUCAUCAUCCUCACCCACAUUAUUGACAAGUGUUCCUUCUUCUUCUUCGAAUGCCAACAUUCAGUCCUCAUCCUUCUCCAUGUUGCCGCCAACAUUUAUUCAUCAAAACAGGAACAUCAAGGAUAGUAAUAAUACUCACAACACUGCCACCACUGCCACCACUGCCACCACUGCCACCACUGCCACAUCAUCCAUUUCACUCUCCAAUUCAAGUAUCAUUUUAGAAGGUACUUUAUAUAAAAAAAGAAAAAAGGCUUUCAAUCUCGAUACCUUUCAAAAACAACAUGUGCAAUUGUGUAAAAGUUGUAUAUUAUAUACGACUGAAAAUGAAUCAAAAGUUCACAAGAUUGAUAUACAUUCCAUUAAGAAAAUAUCCAAACAUUCGAGUAAUAAUGAAUUGUACAAGUAUCGAUUGGAUUUGGUGAUGGCUGUUCCCUAUUAUUCCAAAAAUGGGAAAAAUACGACGACAACCAAAUAUACGGAGCAUUCAUCGACAACGACGACAACGAAUGGUGGUGCAAUGAUGACUUUGAACUCUCUUCAUUCCUCCUCCUUGUCACCGUCAUCGUCCUUAUCCUCACAACUGUCAUCUUCAUCAUCAACUCCCACACACUACUCAACCUCUACCAUUGAAUGGUAUUGUUCCUCUGAGAAUACUCUCAAUGAAUGGUUGGAGAAUAUUCUCCAUGUUUAUUCUCAAUACGAUUUGGAGAAUCAAUUCAAUGAAUUAUGGAAUUCCAUCUAUUAUGGAAAAUGUCAUGGCAAUGAACACUUGUUUCUCAAAUUUAUUAUUCAGAAAUUAAUUCAAGACAAACAGAAGAGAAUGAUCAACUCAAGGAGGAACCACUCUAUGAAUUCGAAUACUUUUACCAACUCCAACAUCACUCCAAUCUAUUCCUCUUCUUUGGAUCAUUUCAGAAAUGUUGAAUAUUUGAAAAAUGAAUUAAAAUUUCAAAUGAAUACAUUAUUGAAUGAAAUGAUGAUGACCAUGAACACCACCACAACAACUAGUAGUAGUGGCAAUCAUUAUGGAAUGCAACAUGACAAGACGAAAAAUAUUAUUCCAAACGUGGCAGCUGAAGAUAAUGACAACAGUAGUUGUGAUGAAGAAGAGGAAGACGAUAUUGGAGUAUAA